UGACGGGUACUUCCGGGGCGGGGCCGGGCCGACUUCCAGUAUUGGAGCCCAGGCAGCUGCAAUGGCGAUUUUCAGUGUGUAUGUGGUGAACAAAGCUGGCGGCCUGAUUUACCAACUGGACAGCUACGCGCCACGGGCCGAGGCUGAAAAAACUUUCAGUUACCCGCUUGAUCUGCUGCUCAAGCUACAUGACGAGCGUGUGCUGGUUGCCUUCGGCCAGCGCGACGGAAUCCGGGUGGGCCACGCAGUGCUGGCCAUCAAUGGCAUAGACGUUAACGGCAAGUACACAGCUGAUGGGAAAGAGGUGUUGGAGUACUUGGGCAGCCCUUCUAACUACCCGGUGUCCAUUCGAUUCGGCCGACCCCGCCUUACCUCCAAUGAGAAGCUCAUGCUGGCCUCUAUGUUCCACUCGCUGUUCGCAAUUGGCUCCCAGCUGUCUCCUGAACAGGGCAGCUCAGGCAUUGAGAUGCUGGAGACAGACACAUUCAAGCUACACUGCUUCCAGACACUGACAGGGAUCAAGUUUGUGGUGCUGGCAGACCCUAGGCAAGCUGGAAUAGAUUCUCUUCUCCGAAAGAUUUAUGAGAUUUAUUCAGACUUUGCUCUCAAGAAUCCAUUCUACUCUCUGGAAAUGCCCAUCAGGUGUGAGCUGUUUGACCAGAACCUGAAGUUAGCCCUGGAGGUGGCAGAGAAGGCUGGAACUUUUGGACCUGGGUCAUAGGCUGAACAUGCAAUGGACACCCCUCCCCACAAAUUCUGAGAGAUCCUGCAGCAGAGGUCCUGCUGUUUCCACUCCAGUGGAGAGCCCAGCAGCCUUGUUAGUGCACCUGACACUGGGAUGUUGAGCCUGAUGACGUGUACUGAUCCCCAGGCCUUAAGACCAUGCUCUCUUCCCUCCUGUAUGUAUGAUGGUCCUACUUCCCAACUCUGUACAGAUUUAUUUAUGGAGGAGGUAGGCCCAUAAAUGCUGUAAUAAACAUUCCUUUGAUCUCCGUGUUUGC